AUGGCGUCGCCAGACUGGUCCAACCUCCCCAAAGACCACACUCUUUCCAAGUUUGCAGACGAGCUGCCGUCCGUUCUCCAGGAUGCCGACUACAACGAGAUGUAUGGCGUCGAGCUCUCACCACCAGCUGAAGACAAGCCCGCACCGCACACGACCCUCAUCAUCCUCCAGAAGUUCCUGCGCGCCAAUCUAAACGACGUCCCGAAAGCCCGCCAACAACUCCUCGAUGCCCUGAAGUGGAGGAAGUCGUACAACCCUCUCGCAUCAAAAGAUGAGGUCUUUGACGCCUCCAAAUUCGCCACGUUAGGUUAUGUCACCACGAUCAAAGGCGUCAAGGACACACCCAGCGAGGAGGAUGUAGCCGUGUUCAACAUCUACGGCGCCGCGGCCAAGGAUCCCAAGAAGACGUUCGGGGACACAGAUGCGUUUGUGCGGUGGAGGGUGGCGUUGAUGGAGCUCACGAUCGAGCGACUAGGGCUUGGGGAGGCGGACAAGGUGAUUCCUGACUACGGACAGGGUCCAGAUCCGUACCAGGCGAUUCAAGUGCACGACUACCUGUCCGUCUCGUUCUUCCGGCAGCCAGCGGAGGUGAAGGCGUCGAGUUCGAAGAUCAUCGAUAUGUUCCAGAAGUAUGUCCACCCUCCCUUCCUCCGCGUAUCCACUUCCUUACAUCGACAUAGAUACUACCCCGAAACCGUCUCCUACAAAUACUUCGUCAACGUCCCGCUCGUCAUGCAGUGGAUGAUGGGCACGAUGAAACUGCUCAUGUCGAAAGACAGCAUCCAGAAGAUGACCUGGCUCACGUACGGCAGCCAGCUGCACAACUACGUUGGCGAUGAUGUGCCGCGGGAGUAUGGGGGAAAUAGUGCGCCGCUUGCGAGGAAAGCGCAGACGCCGAGUUAUGGGGACUUGGAGAAGGCGGCGAGUGGGGGGGUUAUGGCGGCGGGGGAGCCUGCUGGGGAGGCUUGA